AUGUCUAUUUAUAGUGGAUUUGCAACAAGAAACCUUGAAACAGCAUAUAAUAAUGGAGUGUGUAACCUUAUUCAGCUUAUUCAAACGAACCUAUUAUAUCUAUUAAAAGGAGGUAUCUUCUAAUCAGAGCCAAUUGAUACUGUUCUUUUAGCAGCCUCAUUCACAAAAACUUUUAGAGAACUAAAACGUCUGGAAAAAAGAAAACAUCUCCAGCCAAAUUUCACGUCCUACUGCAACGAUAUCGCACUUUAUUUUGGAACUAUGGUAGUUUCUAUGCAGGAUAAGCCUCUAUCGCAAGGAGGGUCUUCUGUAAGCUCAAUCACAAGAAAAGAGUUUGAUGCACAAGUUUUUAAUGAUUCCUUUAGCUUUGAAGAAAGGAAGCAUAGAUUCACGCCUGUUCACAUAGCGUCAGAAUUAGAACCAGUCACAGAAAAAAGGAGUCUGAAAAGAAGAGUUAUGUCAAAAGAUACAUUAAAUAGAAAAGAGUCAGAGCCAAGGCUUUCAGGCUCUCCGCUAGGCAGAGAUAUUUAUCCUUUGUCUCUUAAAACUCCUCAACCUUAUAAAUCACAGAAAUUUAAGUCGUUUAAGCCCGAAAAAGCUUCACAAAUAUAUCAGCAACGAGCUUUUCUCAAGCUAAAUAAAGAGCUUGAAAGCUUUACUUAA